CUCCCGCCUCCCGAGUCCUAAGCAGGGCCUCCCCGCCCUCCGGGGCCCAGACGCCCACGGAGUCACGCCAGCCUGCGCUCUGUGCCGGUCCAGCACAAGCAAGGAUCCAGAAGUGCCUGCACCCUGUACCUUUCAUCUACACUAAUUUGGCUGCAGAGCUCUUGUUCAAGGGAUGAUCACUUUGGAUAGCUUAUUACAGCUUCUCUCGUUGACAUUCCUGGUGUGCAUGUCACAAGUUGCUAGGAUCAAGAACCAAGUCAGUUUUGCUCUCAGGGGCUCUUGGGGCCACCAGUCAAGGUAUUGCUGUAUCCUUGGAGAACUUGGCAGUCUCAGGAAUCCCCAAGAGGAUGGCAGGGAACUGGACUCAGCCCCCUAAAUCCUAGUCCCUAUUGCUUUGAGUUUCGCAGGAGGCAGUUGACUCCUCUCUCACCCUAGUCCUAGUUGUGGUGAACCCAACUGCACGGGAAGCACACAGAAACCCAGUGUGCCCAGGGUGCCGAGGGGGACAGGAAGGAAGAAUUCUUCCCACAUCCAUCCUGUCUUCACUCUACCACCUGAGACCUGCCCAUCCUUGCUGUGUUCCUGCCCCUUCCACUGGGGACACCUUGUCCCUACCUUGGAGCCAACUCCUCUGAUCCCCACUCAUGAAGCACAGCCAGAUGUGGCAGGGAUCUCUCCUAUCCUGUAAGUGAGCACAGAGGACAACCAUGAAUGAGGCCAAAGAGACCCUCCGUGGCAUUGAGCAGAAGUACAAGCUGUUCCAACAGCAGCAGUUCACCUUCAUCGCAGCUCUGGAGCACUGCAGGGAGAACGCACAUGACAAGAUCCGGCCCAUCUCCAGCAUCGAACAGGUGCAGAGCUACAUGGAACACUACUGUAACAACUCCACAGACCGGCGGAUCCUGCUCAUGUUCCUGGACAUCUGUUCAGAGCUGAACAGGCUCUGCCAGCACUUUGAGGCCAUGCACUCUGGCACCCCAGUCACCAACAACAUUCUUGACAAAUGCAAAACCUUGGUUAGCCAAAGCAAUGACCUGAGCACCCUCAGAGCAAAGUACCCUCACGAUGUAGUGAACCACCUCAGCUGUGACGAGGCCAGGAACCACUAUGGCGGUGUCGUCAGCCUCAUCCCCAUUGUCCUGGACCUUAUGAAAGAGUGGAUCGCCCACUCGGAGAAGCUGCCCCGCAAAGCGCUGCAGCACGUGAGUGAGCCCGCAGCAUGUCAGAAUGUCACCAGGGCAGCCGCUUGUCCUGCCCGGACCACAGGCACCCAGUGCUGGUUAAGAAAGCACAAAUGUAGGCAGCUGGAAAAAGAUCGCCUCAAACCCAGGGGGCGAGACAAAGGACAUUCCAAGCCUCCCUGGAGGCCGCCCGGUGGGAAACUGUAACUCAAGGCCAGGGGCCUGCUCCACAGCUGGGUGCUCUGCUAACCAGUGUGGACUCCCCUGUGGAUCCAUUCCUGCUGGUGCCGGCACCCCUGCCGUUAACCCCAAAAGGGCCAAUACAUCAUUGAGAAUCUCUCCUUCUCUUGCUUUCACUUGUAACUUUCCUGCUUCUAAGCUCUGUGCUGGUGAAGAGGAUCCCCGCUUAAUGAGUUGCCCAAAUAGUACGGUGUUGCUAGAGGGUGUCCCAGGUGAGGGCACUGAGCCACAUCCAGCAGCUAUCCAGCUCCCUGCCCCAGCAGCCACAGGAAGCAGGCACAGACUCUCUGCAGGACAGGGAUGCUCCCACUCCCAGGAUGGAGGGAGGGGCAAAUGCUGAAGGAACGCCUCAGGGUUCAGUUCCCUGGACCAAAACAAAGGCAGUGAGCCCACCUCUCCAGAAGAAUUCUGUCUGUGGUUCCUGAUCAAGGACCAUGGCCUGAUGUCCACAGCAUAGUCGAGGCCCACACACUGUGUGAUGUGUCUGCUUUGAGCUCUGAUUGUUACUUUUUCCCU